GCGUCCGUCGAUCCUUCCACCGGCAUGGAGAACUUUACCUUCAACGCGCGGGAGCUGAACGCCACGCUGGGAGUGUGGGUCGACAUGGGCAUCGAGUACAAGGUGAUCAGCAGCUUGCUGUUCUUCGUCAUCUGCCUCCUAGGGGUGGUCGGCAACGUGAUGGUGGUCCUGGUGGUGCUCACCACCAAACACAUGCGCACGCCGACCAACUGCUACCUGGUGAGCCUGGCCGUGGCGGACCUGAUGGUGCUGACGGCGGCCGGGCUGCCCAGCAUCACAGAGAGCGUGUGCGGCUGCUGGGUGUUCGGACACUACGGAUGCCUGUGCAUCACCUAUUUCCAGUAUUUGGGCAUCAACGCGUCGUCCUGCUCCAUCACCGCGUUCACCAUCGAGCGGUACAUCGCGAUCUGCCAUCCCAUCAAAGCCCAGUUUCUGUGCACUUUAUCCCGGGCUAAGAAGAUAAUUUUGUCGGUGUGGGUUUUCACUUCGCUCUACUGCGUCAUGUGGUUUUAUCUAUCGGACAUCCAAGAACUUGUGUACGAAAACGUCACCAUUAUCACCUGCGGCUACAAAGUUCCGCGGCAGUUUUACAUGCCCAUCUACUUUUUUGACUUUGGGAUCUUUUUCGUGUUACCGUUGAUGCUCUCCGCCAUCUUGUACGGACUGAUCGCGAGGAUCCUCUUCAUGAACCCGCUGCCCUCCUCGGUGAAGGAGAAGUGCAAGAACGGGCACGGCAACGCGAGCGCCAAAAACUCCCGCCACUCCAACUCCACCGCGACCUCGCGCAAACAGGUGACCAAGAUGCUGGCGGUGGUGGUCUUCCUGUUCGCCACCCUGUGGAUGCCGUAUCGCACGCUGGUGGUGGUCAACUCCUUCCUGGAGGAGUCCUACCUGGACAGCUGGUUCCUGCUGUUCUGCCGCUGCUGCAUCUACCUCAACAGCGCCAUCAACCCCCUCAUCUACAACGCCAUGUCGCAGAAGUUCCGCGCCGCCUUCCGCAAGAUCUGCCGCUGCGGCCGGCCGGGCGCGGCCAAGCCGGCGGCGUACAGCGUGGCGCUGACCUACAGCGCGGUCAAGGACACGUCGGUGGUGGAGAGCACCACGGACCACUUCACCACCGAGCUGGAGGAGCUGACCGUCACCGACGAGCUGCUGCUGGCCGACCCCCAGGUGGUCUACCAGCCCCCCGACACGUGUGUGUACGGAGAGGGCGACUACACCGACGCCUGA